GGAGGAGUGACGGUGUGUUCAGACUGAGGAAUGGAAGACAACACCAGAAACUUAUGUGCUGACAAUCUAACAGACAAUAGUAGCUUACAAGUUAUUCAACAAUCUCGACAAGAUGUUUGCAGCUGUGCUGUUUAUAACAGAGAUUUACACAGCAUUGGGAUUCAAUAUAUACACUGAGCCAGUGGGCAAUUUUAAAAACGAUGACCCGCUGUUUGGCCAAACCAUUAUUCAGUCACAGGAUGGACUUUAUGUUCCUUCUCCAACCUCUGGAGACAUUUUCAGAUGCAAAGAGAAUAAAUGUUCCAGUAUAAAUAUUUCUGACGUAACAAAAGGCUUGACUCCAAUUGCAUCUGUAGCAUCCAGGUUGAAGGAAGAUGAGGAGCACUUUCUGGUUUGUAACCAAGUUCGGACAAGGAAUUCAUCGACUGAGUAUUUCAAUGGAAACUGUACAUUUAUAUUUGAUGAUCAGGAAAAGAGCAAAAUCUAUCCUGUUAAGUUGGUUUUAGAGCUGCAGAAUCCAAAUCCUAACAACAACAACAACAACAACAACAACAACAACAACAACAACAACAGAUAUCAAGCCAGUCGAAUGUCUCAAGACAAGUCGAGGAAGAGAAGAGCUGAAGAGAAUGACACAAUUGCUGAUGAUGAUGAAGAAGAUGAAGAUGCAGGAACGGAGAUCGCUUUUGUGCUGGACGGCUCUGGUAGCAUUGAGCCGGACGAUUUUGUAAGGGCAAAAGACUUUAUCAGUAACGUGAUGAAAAAUGUUUGGACAACAUGUUUCAGUUGCAACUUUGCAAUAGUGCAGUUUGGGAGAGACAUAAGAACAGAACUCUCUCUACAAGAAAAUGAUGACAGUAACUAUGCCUUGGAUAAGGUGAAGAACAUAAAACAGCUUGGGGCAGUCACCAAGACUGCCUCAGCCCUCUACCAUGUUCUCACAGACAUUUUUGUUCCUCAAAAUAGAUCAAAAAAGAAUGCAAAAAAAAUGAUUAUCCUACUGUCUGAUGGAAAAAUGGUAGGAGAUACAAGAAACCUCAGCGAUGUUUUGAACAUGCCACAGAUGAAUGGGAUUACUCGCUAUGCUAUAGGAGUGGGGUCAGAGGUCCUGAAUAAUUCAAAAGCAAUAAACGAAAUGAUAGAAAUAGCUGGCAGCAGUGAAAGAUUUUUCAAAGUUUCUAAUUAUGCGGCCUUGGAAAAAAUUCUUUCUUCUUUGGAAAACAGCAUAAUUGCAAUUGCAGAUGCAGGGACGGAGAUCGCUUUUGUGCUGGACGGCUCUGGUAGCAUUGAGCCGGACGAUUUUGUAAGGGCAAAAGACUUUAUCAGUAACGUGAUGAAAAAUGUUUGGACAACAUGUUUCAGUUGCAACUUUGCAAUAGUGCAGUUUGGGAGAGACAUAAGAACAGAACUCUCUCUACAAGAAAAUGAUGACAGUAACUAUGCCUUGGAUAAGGUGAAGAACAUAAAACAGCUUGGGGCAGUCACCAAGACUGCCUCAGCACUCUACCAUGUUCUCACAGACAUUUUUGUUCCUCAAAUGGAUCAAAAAAGAAUGCAAAAAAAUGAUUAUCCUACUGUCUGAUGGAGAAAUGGUAGGAGAUACAAGAAACCUCAGCGAUGUUUUGAACAUGCCACAGAUGAAUGGGAUUACUCGCUAUGCUAUAGGAGUGGGGUCAGAGGUCCUGAAUAAUUCAAAAGCAAUAAACGAAAUGAUAGAAAUAGCUGGCAGCAGUGAAAGAUUUUUCAAAGUUUCUAAUUAUGCGGCCUUGGAAAAAAUUCUUUCUUCUUUGGAAAACAGCAUAAUUGCAAUUGAAGACUUUGCUGAGAGUUCCAGGGAGAGAGCGAGAGACCCGUUUCUUCAGCCUAUAUAUGGGCAAGAAUAUUGUGAAAUAGUUUAACCUUAAAUUUCCCUUGAAUUUCGAAUCAGGGUUGUUGGGGUUUUUUUUUCCAAAAAACAAAAGCUUCUUGAUUCUGAUGUGUUUUUACUUCUGUUUGAAUCUGAUGCAUUACCAACUUUUUUUUUCUUGGCAAGAUAUAUAUAACAGAUAUCUUAAAUAAACAAGGUUUUGCUUUUGCACAG